CAGAAGACGUGCUGCUUGAGGAGGUGGGACAGGAGCAGCAGCCUGGCCCGACACUUCUCCAGCAUGGAUCUCCAGAAUGUGCUGCCCCAGAUGAUUCUGCUCCUGCUUUUCCUUUCUCUGUCACCGCUGGGAGGUCGAGCCCACCCUCUGGGCAGUCCUAGCCAGUCUCCGGAACAAUUCAAGAUGCAGGUGAGCCCUGAGGGUCUGCAUGGACAGAUAGGAGUCUGCCUGAGGGUCUGGGCAGCAGCAAUGCAAAGGUCUCACAUGGAAACCAGCCAUGUGAGAAUCAGAAAGCAGCAAUACUGGGUACCAGAUCCCUUAACCAAUGGGCACCAUGAGGGGUGGAGGAGCCAGAGCUUGUUUCUGAAUUCCAGGCUCCCCAAUUCAUUACAGAAACUGCUGGACCUGAUGAGGGAAAAGUCAGAGGAGACGGCUCAGAUGCAGCUCCCAAAGAACCAGGGCCCCACAAAAGAAUCCCCCAAAAGAACCCUUGGGUCUCAAGACAGAGCCCUCCAGGUCCUGCAGAGACUUCGAAACUCCAAGGUGAUGCACAGUUCAAGCUGCUUUGGACAGAGGAUAGACCGGAUCGGCUCCGUCAGUCGGCUGGGCUGUAAUGUGCUGAAGCGGUUUUAGGAAGAUCUCCAGGCUGCAGACCACCGGCUUCUGACUCCACCUGGGCCUCUUUCACCAACUCUGGGACCC